UGAUCCAACGGUCCAGAUUGUCGCGUCACCUUCAAGCUUCAAAAGCCUUGACAAAAUAAACAAGAAAGAAAAACCCUCGCAUUUUAGGGCUAAACAAUACAAAACUUACGCCUCCCACAGUUCGCUCUCUCUCUAAAGCAGCACGAAUCUAUGGCAUUGCCAAAUCAACAGACUGUGGACUACCCAAGUUUCAAGCUUGUAAUUGUUGGCGAUGGUGGCACGGGGAAAACAACAUUUGUAAAGAGGCAUCUUACUGGUGAAUUUGAGAAGAAAUAUGAACCAACUAUUGGAGUGGAAGUUCAUCCGUUGGAUUUCUUCACUAACUGUGGGAAAAUCAGGUUUUAUUGCUGGGAUACUGCUGGUCAAGAAAAAUUUGGUGGCCUUAGGGAUGGAUACUACAUCCAUGGACAAUGUGCGAUAAUCAUGUUUGAUGUCACAGCUCGGUUAACAUACAAGAAUGUCCCUACAUGGCAUCGUGAUCUCUGCCGGGUAUGUGAAAACAUCCCGAUUGUCCUUUGCGGGAACAAGGUCGAUGUGAAGAACAGGCAGGUGAAGGCAAAACAGGUUACUUUCCACAGGAAAAAGAAUUUGCAGUAUUAUGAAAUAUCAGCAAAGAGUAACUACAACUUUGAGAAGCCUUUUCUUUACCUUUUGUUGAAUGUUCUCAGCCAUGAGGCAGAGCUUGCUGCAGCUGCCAGUCAACCCCUUCCAGAUGACGAUGAUGAGUCAUUUGAUUAAAUUGAUCUUAUCCUUGAUGAUACUUCGUGAUGCAUUCCCUUCCAUAUGAUGAUGGUUUCCCAUUUUUUCUUGCCUGAUUUGUGGGAUUCUUGUUUCAAGGAUUUCUAGUCCUCAAAAAUGUGAGAUCUAAUGGUAUGUGUAGGUGCUUUUGAAAUAUUGGAUUGUUAUGAUCUGCUUUGCUUGUGGGAAGAUGUUCUUUUUGUCAUGUCUUCUGAAUGUUGAGAUAUUAUAUGUACGAUGUAGGUCGUAUAAACGUUUGAGUUCUUUGUCGAUACAUUUGCUCUGUUUCUUGUGGAGAUUUUACUGCAUAGUUUGCUCAUA